AUGGCGACGCCUGGGAAGCCGGGGCCCAACACAGGGCCUCCGUCGAGAUGGGGGUCGUUCCUCUCCCAGGCCGUGGCCGGCGUCGAGUCUCGGCUUGACAACAUGCUGUCCGAGGAGGACUCCAAGAAGCUGCAGCAACAGCAAGCCCAGAAGCAACCACAAACCCAAGCCCCAAUGAGCAUUCCCGCAUCGAAGAAUGCGAGUCCUUCUGGCGCUUCUCGAUCAUCGUCUCGAACUCGACCGUCUGCAAAUGACCGACUUCAGGCUCGACUAGCCAAAGCUGUAGCCGCCAAGCAGGUCGGUGGCGGAGACAGCAAAGCGUCUGCCUCCCCUCGGAGCUCCAUCGACACUAGCCGCAGCUCCAUGGAUAGAGUCUCAAUGGACCGGGUUGAGAAGAAGCCUGCCGAGGAGGAACAGAAACCAUCCACUGCGCCUAGCGAACCGGAACCUGCGAUUCCCCUAGGAAGCUCGACAGCACCUACAGCCCCCAGCACGACCGCCCCGGCGCAAGACAAACCUGUUGCGCAACCAGUACUGAACCCCGAGCCCGAGACUGAUGGCGCGAAGCUAUCACCUGGUGUUCAAGAGGAGGAAACGAAAAAAGAUCAACCAGUGGCGCAAAUCAGCCCGAAAGAGACACCAGAACCGGCCCCGGUCGCUCAAGCAGAUUCUUCGAAGGAGGUAGAUGCUCUCACGAAAGAGCUGGAUGAGGCCAAGGCGCGCUACCAGGAAGAAAUUCAAGAAUACAGCGAGAGGAUAGAUUCUCUGCAGUCGAAGCUUCAGUACCUAUCCAAGAGCGCUGCCGAGUCGGCGAAGAAGAGUGCCUCUUCUGCGGCAAACGGGAGUGCAGAUCGCAAGUUGGCGGAGAAGGACGAAAAGAUUGCCUUGCUUAUGGAGGAAGGACAAAAGCUUUCGGGCGUGGAACAAAAGCUGCGGACAACGAUUAGAAAACUGCGCCAGCAGAUGGCAGAGACCGAGAAGCAGAAGGUCGAGUUGGAAAAGAGCCGGGACAAGGCACGCUCAGAGGCUGAAUCAUGGCAAAGCCGUUUGAAUAACAGCGAGGAGUCGGAAAAGCUACAAGAGGCUAAUAAAAAGGCGACCGCAACGUUACAGAAAGAGAUCGACUCAUUAAAAAUCCAUCGAACGAGCCAGGAGGAGACGAUAUCUCGCCUGGAGAAGGAGCUCGCAACGACAGAGGAGCGGGUGGAGGCCAUUUGCGCGGAAGCGCAUGCGAAAGUACUGGCAGCCGAGAAGGAGAAGCAAAAGGAGUUGCAGGGGACAAUUACUUCGCUAAAAGCCGAAAAGGAGGAGCUGGCUACCCAGGCCCGGCUAGAACAGGAAGAGUGGAAAGAGAAAGUUGCUCGUGCCCAGGAGAGAACCCGGGUGGUCGAGGAAGAGCUAAAACUCGAGAUCCUAGCUUUGGAGAACAAGCUGGAGGCUAUGCGAUCAGUAGCUGAAGAGGCGUCCUCAGGCUCCGGAGGGGAGGGUCAGAUCAAGCUGAUAAGACAGAUCGAAACGUUGCAAUCCCAAUAUGCGACUGCCAGUGGGAACUGGCAAGGCAUCGAGGCCUCACUUCUUGCCAAGGUGGCCAACUUGGAAAAGGAGAAGGAUGAUGCCCAGCGCCGUGAAUCUGAGAUGAGGAAGAAGGCCCGCGACGCAGCGAGCCGUGCCCGAAACAUGGAGGAUGAGCUGCAAGAUGUCCAGCCAGCACUUGCGACAGCCAAGCAAGAACUGGAGACUUGCAGAGAAGAGAUGGCUUCACUGCAAGCCUCGCUGAAGGCAUCUGAAGCAGCCCUCGACCAAACUCGCGCCGACCUGGAAAAGCAGCAGCGCGCAGCGGUCAGGGAUUUCCCGGUGGAGGCGGGAGCCCGGCCUUGGGCUGAAGAACCCAUCAUGCCACCCUUUGCAAGAAAUCAGAGUCGGCCGGAUUCACCACUCAACUCACUCUCGAGAACAUUCAGCUCAGAUUUGGGUGCACUUCAAAGAGCACGCCGUACUCCCGAAAUACCACAAGAGGGCUUGGGCCUGGGCCUGGGCUUAGGCGGCCUGGGAAGACGAAUGUCCAGCCAGCCGCCCCCGCCACCGCGUACCAAUACCCUAUCCUCGGCCGGGGUUGGAAAUUCAGCCUCUUCCUUUGUGGCUUUUGACGAACCGUCAAAUGGCCAUGCGCCUUCGGUAGUAGAGCGGGAAGAGGCUGUCGACGAUAAAGUAUCUUCGUCGCCACGGCAGAUAGCCCAUGAUAUGAUUUCAGUAUCAACUGUUGGCGCCGGACCAUCUGUGCAGCUUGUGGAGAGAAUGAGUGCAGCGAUCAGACGGCUUGAGGCGGAGAAAGUAGCAGCGAAGGAAGAGAUGGCAAGGAUAUGUAGUCAAAGAGAUGGAGCACGGUCAGACAUUGUUGGGUUGAUGAAGGAUAUAGAAUCGGCGAAGCAAGCAAAGACCAAGGCGGUCGAGAUGGAGAAGGAACUGGAUGAGCUCAACGACAGGUACCAGACAACUCUGGAACUGCUGGGUGAGAAGAGCGAACUUGUUGAGGAGCUCAAGGCAGACGUGCAGGAUGUGAAGGCCAUGUAUCGCGAGCUGGUAGAGCGGACGGUCAAAUGA